AUGUCUAUCACUGAUAAAAUGAAUAGUACUGAAAUUAGAGAAGCUUUGUUAAGUUUCAAGCAAAAGUUCUCAAAGAAACCAGCAUUUAAUAGAUACCACUCAAAAAGAUACUUAAGAGUCAAAUCACCCUGGAGAAAACCUAGAGGUCUUGAUAACAGAUGUAGAAAGAAAGUUAACGGUAUGCCAAUGAUGCCAGGAAAGAGAUUUAAGAAACCUGCAGUCAUUAGAAACUUGUUGCCAAAUGGUUAUUACGAGGUCGUUGUUUAUAAUAUUAAUGAUUUAGAAGCUAUCCAUUCUCUUAAUGAUAAAUUUUGUGCAACUAUUGGUGGAGCUGUUUCUGCUAAAAAUAGAAUUAAUUUAGUUAAUAAAGCUAAAAUGAUGGGAAUUGUUUUAACAAAUGAGCAUGGUCGUCUUAUGGAAGCUAUUGAUGAAUAA